CUCAUCUGAACCCAAGGUGAGGCUGAUCCUUACAACUCUCUGAAAAACUUCCAGUAAAGUGUCGCUGACACGACUAAAUCUUCGACAACGUGACACCAUGGCAACCAGCUAUCUGUCUGAAGAUCAGUUUCUGUGCUCCAUCUGUCUGGAGGUCUUCACUGAUCCAGUCACCAUCCCGUGUGGACACAACUUCUGCAAGACCUGCAUCACAGAAAACUGGAAUAUUAGUCUCUGCUGUCAGUGUCCACUGUGUGUUAAGGUUUUCCGCAGCAGACCAGAGCUGUACGUCAACACCAUCUUAUCUGAGAUGGUGGAUAUGUUCAAACAGUCCACCGCAAAGAAAAAUGGCAGAGCAGAGGAACAGCAAGCCGAAUCAGGAGAAGUUUCAUGUGAGGUGUGUAGUGAAACCAAGAUGAAGGCUGUGAAGUCCUGCCUGCAGUGUCUGACUUCCUACUGUGGGACUCACCUGGAGCCUCAUCGCAGAGUCACAGGCCUGAAAAGGCAUCAGCUGAUUGAUCCUGUAAAGAACCUUGAAGACAGAAUGUGUAAGGAGCAUAACAGACCUUUAGAGCUCUUCUGCAAGACUGACCGGAUGCCAGUGUGUGAAUUUUGCAAGCAGUCCAAUCACAAGGGACAUCUCACCAUUCCUUUGAAAACAGAAUAUGAGCAAAAGAAGGCCGAAGUGGAAGCAAGAGAGGGUAAAAUUCAUCAGAUGAUCAGAGAAAGACAAAAGAAAAUAAACAACUUCAGAGAAUUGUUAACGUGCAGCAAGGAGGCUGCAGAGAGAGAGAAAACAGUAAGUGAGCAAAUAUUUGACAGUCUGAUCAAGUGUAUAGAAGAAAGUCGGAAUCAGCUCGAUGGUGUGAUCGAAGGGAUGCAGAAAACAACAGAGAGCCAGGCUCAAGGCUUCAUCAAAGAGCUGGAGAAAGAAGUGUCUGAGCUGAGGAUGAACAUCUCUGAGCUGGAGCAGCUCUCACACACUGGAGACCACCUCCAGUUUCUCCAGAGUUUACCAUCCCUGAACCCUGUUCCACCCACCAAAGACUGGACCGAGGUCACAGUUCACUCGUCAUACGAGGGGACUGUGAAGAAAGCUGUUGCUCAGCUGGAGCAGACACUCAGUAAAGAGAUGAAGAAGCUGCACGAUGAUGUGGAGCUGAAGAGGGUUCAGCAGUACGCAGUGGAUGUGACUCUGGAUCCCGACACAGCACAUCCUAACCUCGUCCUGUCCGAUGAUGGGAAACAAGUAUCUAGUUGUAACAAAAGGCAGAAUUUCCCCGAGACCCCCAAGAGAUGCAUUUAUUAUGCAAAUGUUCUGGGAAAGCAGGGGUUUUCCUCAGGAAGAUUUUACUAUGAAGUUCUGGUCAAUGAAAAAACUCAGUGGGAUUUAGGAGUGGCCAACGAGUCAAUAAACAGGAAAGAGAAAAAGGCCCUGUGCCCCAGGAAUGGCUACUGGACCAUUCGGCUGAGAAAUGGAAAUCAGUACAAAGCUGUUGUUGGCCCCUCAAUCUGUCUCAGUCUGCAAGCAGAACCACAGAAAGUGGGCGUGUUUGUGGACUAUGAAGAGGGUCUGGUGUCUUUUUAUGAUGUAGGAGCAGCAGCUCUCAUCUACUCCUUUACUGGCUGUAACUUCACUGAGAAACUCUACCCAUUAUUCAGUCCUUGUUUUGAUGAAGGUGGUGCAAACUCCACCCCUCUGAUUAUCUCUUCUGUUCUUCCAAAACAUUAGACGCAGUAUUUAUUUCUUCUUAGACAAACUACUGGUCAAAAUAUGUUCGUAUGGCAAAAGAAGUCUGUGUGAAUGAAAUGACUUGGUGUGGUGGUGGGAAUGUUGUGUUUGCUUCAGUGGAGUGGGCAACUUUAAAUUCUGUGUUCUGUGUUUGUUUUAAAGCUGAAGCUGAACUCUUAAGUUCUGUACUAACUUAUUUGUUUUCAUAUAUUUUUGUUCAAUAAAUUAUUCAAAUAUACAGUUUGCUUAUCCUUGUCAGUAUGCAGUAUUUCAACUCAAAAUGGGGAAAAGAAAAAUCAACUCGUAGAUCAGACAAUUGAAGACACGAGAAAAGAAAAGUGUCAUGGUCCGUUGGAGUGUCUGGAGGUUUUCCAUCUGUGGCUGCGGGUCCUCCCCUUUUGGAUGGGACCUCCCCUGCCUCACCUGCAAUCCAAUCUGCAAGCAAUCAGCGGGAGAGCGAUUUAAACCUGUGCAACCUGCCUUUCCUCGCCAGUUUAUUAUGCUCACUAAGGCGGUUUUAAGUUAGCACUCAUAAGCCGAGAGGUCUCUUUAGCCUGGAGGCUGUAGGAUCCAUGUUUUCCAAGAACAACUUUACAUUUGAAUUACUCUGAGCACAUAACGAUUUUUCACUUUGCCUCAGUCCAUUUUUAAAUUA